AUGGCGGAUACCCUGCUAUCAGGUCCUUGUCCAACGGCAUUCGAACCAUUCGUCAAGAAGCCCUUAGAUAUGGCAGCCAUACGCACCGUCCAUGUCCCGCAUCUCGGCGGGAUCGAAGUUGGCUACGCCAUUUCAGGAGCCGGCACUUCAGAUGUGUUCAAGAAUGGCAAGCCCACUUGUGUCCUGAUCAACGCCCUGCACACCACAGUCGCGUUCUGGCGGGCACAGUUUGAAGACGAGAAGCUGACGAGCGCGGCGAAUCUCCUUGCGAUUGAGCCUCUCGGCCAUGGCGCAACGGUGUCCUCUACUGAUGAUUUCACCUAUUGGGAUACUGCAACCAUGGCUCUGCAGGUUAUGGACAAGCUCGGUGUCGAGAAGGCAUUCGCUAUGGGCACCAGUCAAGGCGGGUUCGUAGUCGCGCGGAUGGCUCUUUUGGCCCCGGAUAGGAUCCAAGGAAUCGUGCCUAUCGGUACAUCAAUGGACGACGAGUCAGAGGAGACACGAAGAAAAGGGUCUUGGGACGCUCACGCUAUUUGUGACCCAUACUUGGACCGCUGGUCCAGCCCCACGCCUACUCCGGACUUCGUCAUAGACGAAGACUGGUGCAGAAACGUCCCAGCCCUCGCCUUCGGUGACGGCAGCACACCAGAGGCCUUACAAUUCUGGUAUGACACCUGGAGAACGCUGUAUAGUGGCGACGAAGGGCGCAAGAAGGCUAGAUCAGCGAUCUCGUGCUUGGUCGAAAGAGAUGGCCUUCUCCCGAGGCUACCAGAUGUCAAAUGCCCAGUGCAUUGGUUACAUGGAACAAAAGAUGCGAUAUGGCCAGACAUCAUCGCUCGUGAGCAGAUUGAGCUCUUCACGGGCUCGCCGUGGACCAAAGCCACUGUACUCGAGGGCGGAAGCCAUUUCUUAAGCGUCACUCAUGCCAAAGCAGUCAAUAUGGUUUUGCUGGAGAUGAUCGACAAGUUUGCCCAGCUGUAA